UAUUUGGCUUGUAACAGUUCUCGUAGCAGGAGACAGUGAAAGACAAAUAGUUAAAGUUUACGGUGCGGUGUAAAUUAGAUCUCUGAACUUAUAAGCGAGAGAAAACGUUUUGAAGAAACGAGAUAAGUUAGGUUGGAUGGUAGGGUGACUCGGAUCAUGGAGUACUUGUUAAAAACGUUCUUCUAUCGAGAUGAAGAAAAGAAAAUUACGGAGAACAUUAUGGCCUCGUCGGUCAAGAUCACCGUCAACGGCCAGGAAUAUGAAGUCGACCCGGCCACGCCCCCCAGCACUCGCUUGGUGGACUUUCUGCAAGAGAAGAGCCUCAGCGGCACCCACGUCACGUGCUAUCAGGGCGGCUGCGGGGCCUGCACUGUCGUGGCGUCCUUCGUGGACCCCGACACGGCCGCCAGAAGCACGCAUUCGAUCAACAGCUGCCUCGCCCCCCUCCUCGGUUGCAACGGCUGGGAAAUCACGACGGCAGAAGGCCUAGGGAAUCGCCACGAUGGUUACCACGUGAUUCAAGAGCGGUUGGCGGAGUAUUCGGGUACCCAGUGUGGUUACUGCUCCCCUGGGAUGGUUAUGAAUAUGUACGGCUUAACACAGAGCAGCAACACGUGGACAUCUUCGGAGGUGGAGCAGCAUCUUGACGGGAACUUGUGUCGCUGUACCGGCUACCGACCCAUACUGGACGCCUUCAAGUCCAUCACUGUUCGGGAUAUUGAGGACUCCCACCUGACUCGCUGUCCGAAAACAGGACAGGCUUGUAGGGGGAACUGCGAUAAAAAGGUCCCAGUGAGUGUGAGUGACAAAAAGGCGACACCAACACUGCUGCAGACGAAAGAUUCAGCGUGGCACCAGCCCGCCUCACUUCAGGAUCUCUACAGUAUCUUGGCUGGACUCGAAGAAGGGACAACUUACCGUUUCGUCUGUGGUGACACUGCCCAAGCCGUGUACUACAGCGGUUCCUAUGACGUCUACAUCUACACCCGCCACAUACCCGAGCUCUCCCGCGUGGCACAGGCUGAGGAUGGCGUGGUGUUCGGUGCCAAUGUGUCCAUCUCCCGUGUCAUGCAGGAGCUUGACACGGUGUCAUCUGGGCGGGCUGGCUACACGUACGCGAAGGAACUGGUCAAGAACUGGCACCGAGUGGCGAGCACCUCCGUCAGGAAUCUGGGCAGCUGGGCAGGCAACCUCGGCAUGAAAUUAAAUCAUAAGGAAUUUCCUUCUGAUAUUUUCAUUAACCUCUUGGGCGCCGGUGCUGGUUGUAACUACAGCUCUACCUACCGGAUCGACCUCGACUCACACGCUCGAGGAAUUGCUCGGCCUCGACCUCCAGAAGGAGCGUCGAGUGAUCCUCGAGAUGCGUCUUCCUCCCAUGUCUGAUGAGUCCAAUUCAGGGUCUUCAAGGUGAUGGGACGAUGGACCAACACGCACGCCUUUGUCAACGCUGCAAUGGCCUUCAGAGUAGACAAAGCCAACGCUCACACCUUGACCGAGAAGCCGCUAAUUGCCUACGGAGGAAUCAACCCAACUUUUGUGCGAGCGUCGGCUACGGAGGCGGCGUUGGAGGGCAAGAGCCUCGAAGAUGAGGGAGUCCUACAGGCCGCCAUGCAGGCUCUGGCCGACGAGAUCAAGCCUGAUAACCUGCCUCAGGAUCCCGCGCCAGAGUACAGGCUGUCCGUCGCCCAGACUCUGCUUUAUAAAAUGGUGCUGGGGGUCGUAGGAAAUGCCGCCUCUAGCACCGUGACCAGCGGAGCCACUGACCUGGAACGACCUGAAUCGAGUGGGCAGCAAGAGUACGACCAGAAUACCGAAACUUGGCCUCUGGGUCAGCCGAUUCCCAAGCUGGAGGCCCGCAUGCAGUGUGCCGGCGAGGCCGAGUACGUGAACACAAUGGCGGCCGUGAACGAGGAACUUUUCGGAAUGUUUGUUACGUCGACUCAGGCCAACGCUCGCAUCGCCAGUGUAGACCCUUCGGCUGCCCUGGCUAUGCCCGAUGUGGUAGCGUUUGUGGGCGUGGAGGACAUAAAAGGUGUUAACAACAUUAUGGCCUUCGCUUGGCCUUUGCCGCAGAAGCUCUUCCCUGAGGACCGAGUGUCUUACUACGGGCAGCCCAUCGGCCUUAUAGUCACCAAGAACAGGGGAGCGGCCUACGGUGCUCGCGAGGCUGUCAAAGUCACAUACGACGAUAUUCAACCGCAUGUGCUUACCAUUGAGGACGCCCUGCAGAAGAAACCCAUUACGGGGCCUCCUUUCAAACAAGGGGACGUGCAAGCUGGAUUCGCUUCCUCGACGCACAUCUUCGAAGGGGCCAUGAGCCGAGACGGACAGUAUCACUUCCACAUGGAGUCACAGUCGUGUCUGGUCGUGCCCACUGACAUCGGCUUGGACGUCUAUGCCUCGACCCAGUGGGCAUCGGAGACUCAGCGUGCCAUCGGCCAAGUAUUGGGCAUUCCGGAUAACACCAUCAACGUAACGGUCAAGCGGUUGGGCGGGGCGUUCGGCGCCAAGAUCGACCAGUGCAACAUAGUGACGACGGCGGCGGCGGUGGCGGCGCAGAAGGUGCGAAAACCCGUGCGCGUGGCCCUCGAUCUCGACGCCAACAUGACCAUUAUAGGAUGGAGGGAGCCGUAUUUGUGCACUUACAAGGUUGGUGUUUUUGGGCGUUGUUUUAGCCUUGUUGGUGUCGACACGGAUCCUCAGGAGUCCUUGACGAGGUGCCAAUCCCCAGGCGGACGCUAUGACCUGUGCAAUGGCAUGGCUACGUGGCGGUUUUUAACGUUUUUAUUGGUAGCUUUCUCGUCUAGAAAUCUUGCAGACUUGCGUUCAAAUCCCGUAUUGCCUGUGGUAGCCCCGGCCAUUCCUUGCACACAGGGGCCUCCUCCAGGCACGGUUGAGGGCGUCAUCUUCAUGGAGAAUAUCCUGGAGCACGUGGCGCAGGGCUUGGGCAUGGACCCUCUGGAGCUGAGGAGGAAGAACCUGAUGCCCGACGGAGGGACGCGCCCGCUCAACCAGGGCAUGAUUCGCCUCAGGUCGCACAUUGCGGGCAAGGAGGCGAAAUGGCUUCCCGAUAACCUCACUGUGCCCAGGAACCUCAUUUCAGACAUGAUAAACCAGAUUCUAACCUCAGCCAACGUUGAGGAGCGGAAGCAAACAGUCGCUGAUUUUAACCAGACCAACUUAUGGAAGAAGCGCGGGUUGUCAGUGAUGCCGUUGCUGUGGCCUUAUGCAGUGCCAAUGAAAGUGCCAUUCAAUGUCAUGGUAUCUGUCAACGCCCGGGAUGGCACUGUGGUGGUUUCCCAUGGUGGCACUGAGAUGGGGCAGGGCAUAAAUACCAAGGCUGCCCAGUGUGCUGCGUACGAGCUGGGUGUUCCCCUUGCCACGGUCGCUGUGAGGCCAUCGAACACCCACGUCAAUGCCAACUCGGAGGUCACGGGAGGUUCCCAGGGGUCGGAUGUGGCUUCCUAUAGCGUAACUCAAGCAUGCAAGAAGCUGCGCGCUCGCCUGGACGCGUUCAAGGAGGAAAACGGACUUGUCGACUCCUCCUGGCCUGAGCUCGUGCUGGCUGCGUUCAACAAGGGCGUCGAUAUUUGCGAGAGAUUUGUGAACGGAUGGGACGAAGUGAAGGCGUAUCCUGUGUUCGGCGUCGCCUGUACGGAGGUGGAACUCGACGUCCUAACAGGGCAGUUCCUCGUCCUCCGCACCGACAUCCUCGAGGACGCCGGCAAGAGCAUGAGUCCGUUAGUCGACGUCGGGCAAGUGGAGGGGGCGUACAUCAUGGGGCAGGGGCUCUUCACCGUCGAGAAACCCCUGUACGACCACGACACCGGCAGGAGGCUCACCGACGGGACAUGGUAUUACACCCCGCCCGCCGCCCUUGAUAUCCCCGCAGACUUUCGCGUUUCCCUGCUUCACGACGCCCCUAAUCCCGUGGGCGUACAGUCAUCCAAGGUGACUGGAGAACCCCCUCUGUGUUUGGCCUUUACAGUAGUCAUGGCACUGAGGCAGGCAGUGACAAGUGCCAGAGGAGAUGCUGGUGUAACCGGCUGGUUCCAGAUGGACACGCCAUUGACUGUUGACAAUUUGCAACGCCUUUGCCUCGUGGAUUCUAGUCGUCUUACUAUCAAAUAAUUCCCCAAAGAUGAAUUAACUGUGAAUGUAUUGUAAAAGCAAAUAGUUAGAACUGUGUAUUAUUGUUGAUUUUAUCAUUUGCUGCUGGGCGACGUGUGUAUGGGUGCAGGAAGAAUAAUGCAAAAUAGCCAUGCCGUUUUAGAAAUGUACCUUUGUUAUGGUUUUGUAUAAUUCCGGUGGGAUGACCUAAAUAUAUAUAUUUUUUCUGGUCCCUUUUUUUUCUGGUGCAUUGUUAUAUUCCAGGAGUCGGUUAGAUACCUCCUGCAUUGUGGUUAUUUUUCUGAAUCCACAGAAAUACGUUUCUCUGCGAGAUUUUACGUGGGAUAGCGAUGCUCAUAUGUUUUUACUUGUUAUGCGUUAUUAUUAUUACCGUUUUAAGUUCCUGCUGUUGAUUUUUUGCUUCUAGUCUGUUACUGUGAUGCAUGUGAAUAUAUUUAUAUACUGACCCUCAUGCAGGUGAAUAUUUAUACUGAUUCGAAAUGACUUGAAAAAAAACAACUCUAUCAUGGUGGUGAUUCUAACAGAAAAUAAAUAAUUCCAUAUUUCCAGAUAGUGUUAUCAUUUCUUCUAUUUGUGAUACGAAUAUAUUUCAGACUUGAUAGUGAUAAUUAUAUACCGAUCUAAUAAAGUUAUUUAUACGACUUAAAA